UCCAAAAACAUAUCACUGAUAAGAAAUUUUUUAUUCACCUGGCGUACGUGUACAAAAAUGAAGGAUUAUGGUUAAUCACGAUUAGUUUUUCAUAGUUUUACAAAAUGUAAUUGAAUUGAAUUCUGUUUCAAUUUGUCUUGAAAAUCAACGAAGGUAAUAAUGCAUGUCAACAGUUGUUUCCAAAAUAUUAUUUACGCUUUAAUAAUAAGAACCAAAGAUGGAAUGCCGCUGUCGGCGUCCACAGAUUUUACCGAUGAAAUAAAUAAAAAUAUAAAAGAAUGUAAGAGAUAUGUGAAAUUACUUUCCAAAAAAGCUUCGCUGUUUCCUGAAAGAUGUGUUCUUCAAUUACAAUCACAUUCUAUCUAUUUUAUAAGUUAUUUGGAUGUAACUUUCCUGAGUCUGUGUGCAUCCACAUAUCCUACGGUUCUAGCUUUCAGCUUUUUGAACGAACUUAUGAAAGAAUUCGUUACUGUGUACAGCAAGACAAAAAUCGAGCACGUAAUUCGUCCUUACAGUUUUUUGGAAUUCGAUAACUUCAUUCAUAAAACAUGUCAGAGAUAUAACAAACCGCAAAGUUUAACAACUCGUAUUAAUUUAUCAGAGUUGAGUUUAGAAAUGAAAUUAAGACCUCCUUAUAUAAUUAAAUUAGAAGAAAUUGAGCCGCAACAGAACGGAUAUACUCGUGAUAUGAAAUUACCCUAUACAGUGGCACAUAAGUUGAAAUUUGAAGACUUAUCUUUCAUUUCAUUCGCGUCUAUGUCAUUAUCUAUACUGUUGUCGUUAGUCUCAUUACUCAGAGGUUUCUCAACCCUAUGUGAAUCAUCGUACGAAGAAUUUGCUCACGAAACCAUUAUACACGGAGUGGUUUUUCUGUUAGACGCAUCCCUGAGACUGUUCCAAAUAUACAUGUUAAUUCGUCAAAUCAGAUAUAGAAAGUUGAAAAGUUGGAUCACCGUAUUAUUCUUAUGUUUCGAUCAAUGGGUCGUUUCCAAAGUUCGAGAUGAUUGGCAAACUAUUUUAUGCGUAUUUUCAGUCGUUCUAUCUCAUUUAUGUAUUUUAUUUCGACAAGUUCAGUCGAAAUUACCCGAUUACCAAGUGUGAAUGCUAAUGUUUUGAAUAUUAAUUUGUACUAUACUUAUUAAAGUUUUUCCAUUAUC